GAGAGGGCAGCGAGAAGUCGCUGCGGGUAAAGCACGGCGGGGAAGGUUGCGGAGGCGCUGUGGAGUCUGCGCUGCAGCGACGGUGGGGAGCGGCGAGUGAGUCUGAAACGGAGUUUGGAAAAGCAGCAGGAAGAAAGGCCGAAACGCAAACACGAUUCUCUGCCAGCCUUGGGGCGAGGAGAGAUUUAAGAAGGCCGUCCUCGCACAGCGCUCUGUCUGCUCGGCAGAGCUCACACAAGAUCUGCUUGCGGGCCCCCCGCCCUGCUCCUGCAGACAGAGACCGCACGGGGCAGAGAUCUUCGUCUACCUCCUGCUGAUGUUCCUCACGUAAACGAACGCGUGGUUUGAGCUUGCAGGCCGUAUCGGAGUCACAGGACAGAGCCUUCCAAGCGCUACUGGAGAAUGGCAGCACUAAAACAGAAGACGUAGAGAGAACCCGCAGGAAGGUGCUCUAAGCUCCCGGAAAUCGUUUCUACAACAGUUUGGAGGACGUGGAGAAAAGUCCUGAUAGUCUAUGCACAUCAAGAGCCCAACUCUUUUAAUGGAUCUUUGAAGACGGUUGCUGUGGAAGAACUGAGCAAACAGGGCUGCAGUGUCACAGUGUCUGACUUAUAUGCAAUGCAAUUUGAGCCACGGGCAACAAGAAAUGACAUUGUUGGUUGCUUGCACAACUCGAAUGAGUUCAGUUAUGCAGUGGAGAUGACAGAAGCUUACAAGAAAGGAUGUUUGUCCAAUGAUUUGAUCGAAGAGCAAAAGAAAGUGCAGGAAGCAGAUUUACUGAUUUUUCAGUUUCCCUUAUACUGGUUCAGCAUGCCAGCAAUCAUGAAAGGCUGGAUGGACAGAGUCUUGGUCCAAGGAUUUGCUCACGAUUUUCCAAACUGCUAUGACUCCGGUUUGCUCAAGAACAAGUUAGCUAUGUUUUCUUUCACUACUGGAGGAACUGAGGAGAUGUAUGCAAAAGGAAGCAUGAGUGGUGACAUCCGCUAUAUCCUGUGGCCCAUGCAGCAUGGCAUCAUGCACUUCUGUGGUGUCAAAGUCCUCGAGCCUCACAUCUGCUUUGCUCCGGAAUACGUCUCUGAGGAGAAAAGGAAGGAGAUGCUUAGUGCCUGGGCACAGCGACUGAAGACUCUUUGGAAGGAAGAGCCCAUCAACUGCACUCCUGAGUGGUAUUUUAGUUAAUAUUCAAGCACAAGACUACAGAUACUUUUUCUGUUCUUUUUGGUACUUUAUCUCAAUAUCAGAAUGUUAGCUUCAGAAUUCACAUUCAUUAUAGGUACCUUGAAUACUACAGUUGGCAGCUUAGCCGUCAAUAAAGCAUUUGUCUUUAUUGAUUUCUGAAGAAUUCUCUUCAAUGAUGGAUGCACAGCUCUUUGUGAAGAGCUAUCCUUGCCCAUAUAAACAGUGACUUUCUGCCUGCAUGUGGUUAGUAACACAAGAGUUGCAAAUUAUACCAUUACUGCUUAUGAAACAGUAAAGUACGUCACCAAUUUUAUUUCAACACUCUUCAUUCCAACUGCCUCUUUGUUUUUAUUGGCCAGGAAAUCACUGCCUAUACUCAAUCUCAUUGUGGCCAAACCUGUUUGGGUUUUUUUUUUGUUUUGUUUUUUAAAAUGACAGAUCUACGCUUGUGCCUUUCAGCUAUGAAGCUUGACUGCAGAUAAAUAAAAGGAUGUACAGUUGCACAGCGACUCAGCAAUAGACGAUUUUUGCCUUGGUCCAAUAUCUCUUGUGCAUGAAAGUGAGUGGGAAUAAAAUGGAAAAUGUCAUGCA